AUGCAGGAGGACGACUAUGAAUGGGGCAGCAGCUCAAUCCUGGAUGCUCUGCCCUCCUUCACCUCUCAGCAGAGGAGGUUGGUCUUAGCUGCUAUGCGCUGGAGAAAAGCUCUGCAGGGAGGCUCAGAACACGGCGGAGCUUUCAGUGGCUGGACUGUGAUGCUGAACAUCGACCAGAGCAGAGAGUCAGGCUUCAGGCGGUUACUGCAGUCUGGUGGAGCCAAGGUGCUGCCCAGUCCCUCCCCAUCGCUGUACAGAGAGACCACACACCUGUUUGCAGAUUUCACUCGUCUCAAACCUGGAGACUUCAGAGUGGAUGUAGCUGAGGCCACAGCACAAGGAGUGACAUGCUUAAAACCUGAGUACAUUGCAGAUUAAAUUAAAUUGUCCAGA